AUGACCGCCUACAGCAGCGCAUCGUACGGCGCGGCCACCAGUAUGCCCUCUUCCAACGGCGCAGCAGUCUCUGGAUAUCCCUCAAUGGCUCAACAAUCACCAAAUACUCACGAAGCAUCGUCUUCCAAUGUGUUCGAGUCGCCGCAGCCGCAGAGAGAGCACCAACAACAAUCGUAUGGCACACAGCAGAUUUCAUCCCACAACGGCGCGAUGAACGCUUACCUACAGCAUCCUAAUUAUCAGCAGCAUACCCAGCAGCCGCAACAGGCUCUCCAUCACCCGUCGCAGCCCGCAAUCGGUGUUUACAGAGCUCCCAGCGGUAAUGAAUCGCCCACGGCGAGCUGGCACCCCCAGCAACAACACGCCAACAUGCGUUACUACUCGCAACAACAGGCUCAUGCGCAAAUGCAAGGCCAUUCGAUGCAUCCGCAACAUGCCCAUUCUCAAUAUCCGGGCCAUCACCAUCAAGUCGCUUAUCCACAACAACAACCCCAACUCAUGUUGAAACCACUCGAUGCUUAUCUCCUCGCCCGUGCGCUUCAGACCGCUCCUCCCCAGCGAGAGACACACCAAAUCAUUCUCUUUGCCCAGGCAAAUCACAAGGACCCGACCGUCUUGCUGCAUGCGUAUGAACAUCGUCGAAAGGAAAUUGACGAACUCGUUGCGCAGUUGCGGUCGGAAGAAGGCGCUUCUCAGACUUCGAUGAAUCAAACUUCAUAUAUGCCCUCUCCCAUGUCAACAACCAGUGCAAGUGGCCUCGUCAACGGCGCAAGCUACAUGGGGUCUGGAAUUCCACCCACUGUCAUCUCCCUUCAACCAGGUGUUGGAACCCCCCAUAGUACAUCCGUGCCACCGACCUCGGCCCCUCCGUCCUAUUCUCGAACCAUGACCGCCCCGCCCUCGUCGGUGGCCACGACUGGUGAUCUGGACCUGCCCUCUGAAGCGUCUAGUCCAAUGUUAGAGACGCCUACGAGCGCUGGCUUGCCUUCAUCGGGCAAUGGAAAGCUCGGCUCGGGCUACCCCAUGCUCGCCAAGUAUCCAUCGAGCGCCCUCGCUAAUGGGGCCUUUCCACCCCCUGAUAACACUGCUCGUCCGGGUUCGAAUCACUCGAACAGCCUCGAGAAUAAGCCGAACACGGAUGCGGCUGCCUCGCAAAACUCGCCACCGACGAGCGCGGAUCUCCCUACAGCCUCAAAGCCUGGUUCUAGAGAUGGAGAACCGUAUACAGAACUGGAAAUCAGGCUUAUCGAAAAGGUCAUUCGGGAAGCAGUGCAGGAACAGCCAGACAUCAAAUUGGCGCAGCUCGGUGUGCUGAUACACAACAAGGACCAAGCCCGACCGGCCACUGCAUGGGCGCGUCAGCUUAGCAAGCGCAAGCAAGCGAUUGAUCGCGCAAGAGAACUUGCCAGGAACGGAAAAGACAUCUCACGUGUCCACAUUGACGUCAACCGCAAUCUAAAGGCGCUAGAGACGGACACUGACGAUGCCGAGGGCGAAGAAGGCGCACGGCGAAAUCGGCUCCGGGGUGUCAAGACUGAGGAAGGAGAUGACGCCGAGUAUGAUGACAGGCCUCACAAGAGACGGAGAGGCUCAUAA